AUGGAAAUUUAUGAGAAUAAAGAUUUUAAUUCAGAUGAUGACAAUGCAACAGUCAGAGGUGAUGAAUCAGAAGCAGAACACAUUGAUUUCCCAACUUUUAGUAAUGAUGAUGAUGCUAUAAGAACGCAAGCAUUAGUAACCAGACAUUAUUAG